CUCCCUAACUCUUCUCACUUUCUUCUUUUUUAUUCAUUUUUGUUUCUUUUGUAUUUUAUUUUUUUUGUCUUGCCGUAGUUUAACCGGACAUGGAUCCUGUACUUGAAUCAAAUAUCAGAUUCUCUGAACAUGAUCGACGUCUAAAUACGCCCAGACUAUCUAUAGAGAUCGAGCCUACCAGUCCAGUGAUAUCUCGAGAGAAUCCGAGAGGGUUCAUCGUCACUAUCCGUCGGGCAGAAGAUGACUGUGACAAGCCUUGUAUCUUCCGCUGGAGCUUCCUGCACGAUGGAUGGGGUCCGUCUGGCUUCAUGCUCUUUCAGCGAACGCCAGAAGGUCUGAAAAGGGUGGAGGGAACGCCCAAGCCACCACCUCCCCAGACAUUUAAGCUCGUAGGAUAUGAAGGCGAGACAGAGGAACUUCUUCCGGGCCAAACUCUCCGGAGAAAUAUAGGCCACCCGGAACCCUUCUGGGACCACGUGGUCGCUGGUGAGACAUACGAGCUCUUUUGGCCGGGGGCGGAAUAUGCCUUGUGGGCUUGGGGUACCUUGCGCGAGAAUUGGGGUCAAGAAAUUGGAGCUGUCUCGGGGCUACCACCUGUUAUUAUCCCGGGGGGCCCCUACUGUUCUUUUACCUGCGUAGAGGUGGAAGAACGGUCGGACUCUGACUCUAAGCCCGACGACCCUCGGGUAGAGAAAUCAGACCGAAUCCCUAGCACCCCUUAUAUCAGUGUGUUUCUAGAAGGCCCAUCGACGAUUUCCCGAAAGGAAAAGAUUCGUAUCAUAGUGAAGAUCAUCUAUAAGGGUCUGACGAACGGGGAUCACGAGGCUAGCUAUGCUGAUAUAAAGCCGAUCAUUAUACAUGACUACCCUUUUGCUAGUGAUAACUUUCGACUGCAACGCCGCUGCGACGAACAGUGGAAGACUUAUUUUGAUGACGAACGGAAUCCGGGCUGGAUGAUUGUCGAUGAACCGGACGUCGAGGUUAACGUCGCGGAUUCGGCGUUCUUCCGCAGCCUUAAACCGGGGGAAUCUCUCGUCAAAGUCCGUUCUCUUGGCUACCACGACCUGUAUCCCGAUACAGUGGCCGGCGACACAUAUCGAUACCAGUACUGGGGCGGCUGCGUUGACUGGUGGAUCUGGGGCGAUCGCGAAGAGCGUGCGAAGACAGUAGUGAAAUUACCCUGUUGGCUGAAUGAUCAUGUCGUUGACCCCGCUGAUAAUGAUGGAAGAUUUUCUUUGGUUCAAGUUUUUGCCUCAGUUCUGGGAACGGGAAUAGAUGCAUUCGAGAUAUACCUUUUCCUUUAUUUAUGGGGAAAGGUUCGUCAAUGCGCUUUUUUCAUCCAUCCCACACUCAAGGCGGGCUGUGUCAAUAUUCAAGCCUCAUGCCUAGGUGGCUCGGCAUGCUGGAGUUGGACAACGAGUUUCGCGGUAUGUAGGUGCUGGUUGGGUACCUAGAUUUAUUAUGAAUCGAUAUAUACAUUGACAUCGUGUCUGCUGAAACGUAUAAUAAAGAUCACACAUGAUCAUGCUACUCCGUCAGUUGCAGCUCAUCUGCAACACCAAACUUAACCCCCGACACCCCGUCUUGCUCACGACUUCUUC